AUGGAGGAGCUCCUGGGGCUUGGUGCGGGAGAUUUCGAGGGUGUCGACUUUGCGGCAAGUAGCGACAGCGACGAUGAGCAAGUCCCCAAUGGCAUUCCCGACAGUCCCGUCGACGACCCUGCCUCUCCAACGAGUGGUCCAACUGAGAAUGGCAUGGCUGCAGCGCCCACUGACCCGGCAUCAUCGACGGCGACCACCGUGGUGAAGCCCAGAGACAGCACCCCCGUCGGCGAUGGACCAAUCACCGGCGGCGGCUCCCCCUCCGCUGGCGAGAGCAAAGAAGAAGCGGCGGUGGACGCGGUGAGAGGCGCGCCCCUCCCGGAGCACGCCGGAGAAGGCCCGAGCGCGGCCGCCGCCGCUGCAGCGGCGAAUCUCCCACUUCUCCGACGGGUGGAACGUUGCUGCCUCGAGUCGCGCCCCGCCGAGGUCGAAGCCGCCGUCGCCGCUCUCUCCUCGCACGUCCGUGGCGAUGCUUCUGAUGGCCAUUCGCGAGAAGGGUCUGCUGAAACGGCUGAUGUUUGUGCUUCGAAGGAUGACAAAGCAGCCGCACGGGUAUGCGUGGAGGCGAUGCCCCCGGCGGUGGCGAGAGCGGCGCUCGACGCGUGUCGGGCGGCCCUCCGGCUGUGCCGCGGAGAGUACGAAGACCUUCUGCGGGAGACGGCUUUGUUCUCGGCAGAUGGCUGCACUAGCGACGGCGGCGGCGGCAGCCGCAGCAUCGACGCGUGUGUCAGGGCGUUCGUAGUCGGCGGCGGCGGCGGCUCUAACAGCAACACCCCGCUGGCGGAAGACGAGGCACACCGGCGAGCCGAUGCCGCGGCAACGGGUGCUGCUGGCGGCGGUGGGGACGGACGACGCGGCUGCCCGGGCGCCGCCGCCGUCUGGCGAGCGGCUGAGGCCGCCUGGGCGGGGGCGGCGGCCCUCUGUCUCUUCUUGCAGGAGAACUAUGCCGGCCCGGAGCUGGGGGCCGAUCGCACGGAGGCGAUCUGCGCCUGGUGUGCCGAUGUUUUGGUCGGCACCUACGGCGGCGGCGGCGGCGGGGUAGGGGAAGAGGGCGCAGCAGGGCGCGGCGGCGGCGGCGGCGGCGGGGGCGUCGCGCAGGACCUGGCCAACAUCGCCCUUACGUGCGACGGGGAGCUGCCGUACCCGCAGAGCAGCCUCCCGGGGUCUCUCGUGCUGGCGAGGACGAUCUUGAUGGCCGUCGCUGGCACUGGCACGGGAAGGCGUAAUACCCCCGGCCACACUGCUCCGACGGCGGCCUCCCCCGAGAGGGAGGCGCCCGUGUGGAGCCCCGACGGCUUCUCAUUCGCGGUGCUGCCCGCGGCGGCAGGGGGGAGCGCUGUUGCUGCUGGCGGCGCCGGUUGCGGAGACAGCAGCGAGGAAAGCUUUCAGGAGGCGGUGGGAAGCCUGAGCUCUGCCGAGUGGUGGUCGGGCCGGGCGUGCGUGACCCACGCGCGCCUCCUCAUCUCCUCGUCCGGCAGGAGCGAAACCCUCUGGCGGGAGGCGCGCGGGCUGUUCGGCCGCGCCGUCAGUCUGUUCGGCGGAGGCGCGGGGCCUGCUGUGGCGGGCGGCGGCGGUGGCAGCGGCGGGGCGGAAGUGGCAAGGAGGGUGUCGGGGCAGGUUUGGCUGGAGUGGGGGUUGGCGCAGCAUCACUUCCAGGACCCUUCCAAGGGCAAGGAGAGCUUCGCCAGGGCCAAAGAAGCGUCGGGACUGACGGCCGGCCUCACCGGCGCCCUCGGCAAGCGCACCAAGUACCAGCAGUCCCAGAUCGCGCAGCUCGUGCUGGUGGCGUCGUCGGCCACCCCCGUCGGCGAGGACGCCGGCCACGAAACGGCACCGGUUGCGCCGCCGCCGCCGCCCGCUCCCCCCGUCCCGGCAGGCGAGACAACCUCCGCCGAGACGCCGUCUGGCGGCGACGGAGAGGGGGGGAGUACCGAGGCGGCCACCGCGGCGGGGGCGGGGGCGAUAGGGGCGGGGCCGGAGCUGGGAAUGAGCACAGCGGUGGGCGAGGAGGGGCGGAGGGCGGCGGCGAGGCGGACGGUGCACGCGGAGGACAGCGCUCUGCUGGAGGACAUCAGCUUCGUGCAGCGGGACCUGGAGAACCCCGGCAAGCUGCAGGACGUUGACUUGGCCAUCAUCCUCGGGCUGUGCCUCGACGUGAGCAACUCCAACCCGAGAGACGGCCUCACGAACGAGCAGAUGACGCCCUACAUCGCGAGGGUCCUCCGACAGCCGGGCUGCAACUGGAUGAUCUACAGCACGGCUCUCUUGCAGAGGGCGUGGGUGGAGUUUGAGAGGUCUCACGCGAGAGAUCGAGCCGCGCUUCAGCUCCAGGCCCUGCUCGAUCAGCACACGACCAAGCUCACCUACAUGCAGUCGGCGCAAUCGAUCGUCGAAGACUCGGCCCCCGUCCAGGACCGGCUCCGAUUCCUGUGCAGCCUGUCGUUCCCGCCCCGGUGGGAGUUGCGGAGAGACCUGGCCAGGCGUUACGCGGCGAUGGGGGUGCUCGGCUCCGCCGCCGCCGAGUUCUUGGACCUGGAGAUGUGGGAGGAGGCGGUCGAGUGCUACCGCCACAUGGAGCAGGCCCACAAGGCGGAGAAAAUCGCGCGAGAACGCCUCUUGGAGAAGGAGACCCCUGGCAUGCUGGCGGCCCUGGGGGAUCUCACGCAAGACCCGGAGUGCUGGCAGCGAGCGUGGGACCUGUCGGGUGGCCGCUACGCGCGAGCCAAGGCGUCGUUGGCCAGGCUGCGCUUCGGGGAGGGCAAGUACGAGGAGGCGUGCGGGCACUACGAGGAGGCGCUGGCUGUAAAACCGCUGCUUACCGCGGCGUGGUUCUCGCUGGGCGUGGCGAGGAUGAGGCUCGGGCGGUGGCAGGAGUCCCUGCAGGCGUUCUCGACGGUGGCGCAGCAGGAGCCGGAGGAAGGGGAGGCCUGGGGAAACAUGGGCGCCGUCCACAUGCACCAGGGGAACUGGGCCGGGGCCGCGGCGGCCUUCACCCAGGGGCUCAAGCAGAUGCCGAGCAACUGGCGGAUGUGGGAGAACCAAGCGGAGGCAUUGAUAAGGCUGGGGAGGUGGAGCUCUGCUGCCUACGCGUGCCACCGCAUGUUGGAUUUAUCGGACAAGAGCAAGCGAGGCGUGGACGCGGAGUUCCUGGCGCUCCUGGUAGAGGGGGCGCUCAAACAGGAACCCCUGGGCAGCCACACGCCCAGCUGCAUGUCGGGAGCGUCCUCGACCUCUGGGGAAGGGGCGACGCAGACUGCCCCAAACGGCGGCGGUGGUGUAGCAGGAGACGGAGGGGGCCCAGCAGGCACGGGGGGGGGCGAUGACCUCAACGGACGACCGCUGUGCAAGCAGAUCGCGGAGCUCCUGGGGAGGGUUGUGUCGGCGACGUCGACGAGGGGGGACGCGAGGGUGUGGGAGGUGUACGCCAGGUUUAACGACGGGGCGGGAAGGGAUCGGUCGAGAGUCUUGGACUGCGUGAGCAAGCAGUGCCGUGCCCUUCAGCGUCCCGGCUGGGAGAAGGACGCCGCCGCCGUUCUGCGACUGGCGACCGCUAGCGACAAGCUUGUGCAGCUUUAUCUCGAGGAACGUGCACCUGCCUGA